AUGUCAUGCAAUGUAACUUACGAUAAUGUUUAUUUUACCAAAAUUGUUAAGAAUGUUACUAGCAAGUUUUCUAAUCUUGGGAAUAAUGAUAUGCUACUUUUUAAUCUUUAUGUUAUACUUGAUAAUAUUGUAUUAAACACUGCACAAUAUGAAGCAAAAAAUGUAGUAAGGUUAAUAGUAGAUAAAAUUGAGGGAUUUGAUAAAUAUAAUUGGGUUUUUACAGCUGGACCUAAAAUGUCAUUAUGCUACUAUGGA